UAUACAUACACUCCCCACUUCUCCCUUCAUCACUCCGACUCCACAACCAUCAACCGACUUUCUCUCUGCUGCCAAAUUAACAUGACGAAAGAUGUGCAGGAGCAAGGUUCGUUCUCCGCCAAGGACUACCACGACCCACCGCCGGCGCCGUUGAUAGACCCGGGGGAGCUCACCAAGUGGUCCUUCUACAGAGCUCUCAUCGCUGAGUUCAUUGCCACCCUUCUCUUCCUUUAUAUUACUGUUUUAACCGUUAUUGGCUACAAGAGUCAAACCGACCCCGCCCUGAACCUCGACCAGUGCGGCGGAGUUGGCAUCCUCGGUAUCGCCUGGGCCUUCGGAGGCAUGAUCUUUGUUCUUGUUUACUGCACCGCUGGUAUCUCCGGAGGUCACAUUAACCCAGCAGUGACGUUUGGUUUAUUCUUGGCUCGUAAAGUGUCAUUGAUCCGUGCAAUCAUGUACAUGGUGGCUCAGUGCUUAGGAGCCAUUUGUGGUGUGGGUUUGGUCAAGGCUUUCCACAAAAGCUACUACAUGCGGUACGGCGGAGGAGCCAACGAACUCGCCGACGGCUACAACAAAGGCACCGGACUCGGCGCUGAGAUCAUCGGAACUUUCGUCCUGGUCUACACCGUCUUCUCCGCCACCGACCCCAAGAGAAGCGCCCGUGACUCCCAUGUUCCAGUUUUGGCACCACUUCCGAUUGGGUUUGCGGUGUUCAUGGUUCACCUUGCCACCAUUCCUAUCACCGGUACCGGAAUCAACCCGGCUAGGAGUCUUGGAGCUGCUGUCAUUUACAACAAAGCAAAAGCUUGGGAUGAUCAGUGGAUAUUCUGGGUGGGACCAUUCAUCGGAGCAGCCAUUGCAGCUUUCUACCACCAAUUUAUAUUGAGAGCUGGUGCAAUCAAAGCCCUUGGAUCAUUCAGAAGCACCACGAAUAACUGAUGAGAUUUCAAUUAUUGUAUUUUCUCAAUUGAAAAAUGAAAUAAUAUUUAUGUUCCAUUUUACAUUUUAGCCUUCAAAAGCAAGUUAAAUGUACAAUGGCUGGCAGGAAGGGUAUAAGAGUCAGUUCGUCCAAUAAAUCACUUUUCAUAUGACAAAAUCAACCAGCCAAUUUUUCAAAAGACGGAACAUGUGAAAAUUAAAAGUUAGUGGAU